GCUCUUUCCAGCACACUCUGCUCUAUAAGUACAUGUUGGUAUCCGAACCUGGUGAGGGGCUGUCCCAGUUCAUCACGGUGGGCUAUCUGGAUGACCAGAUCAUCACUCACUAUGACAGCCAGAAUAAGAAGAAGGUGCCAAGGGUUGACUGGAUGAGGCAGGUGGAGAAGGAGGAUGCCAACUAUUGGAAGGAGGGAAGCUUUAUCUUGAAUAAAACCCAGCAGGUGUUGCAAGAGGAUCUGAGGCAAGUUCAAAACCGCUACAAGCAGAAUGGAGGGUUUCACACAUGGCAGCUGAUGUAUGGCUGUGCACUCCAGCGAGACGAGAGCAAAAGAGGGUUUAUGCAGUAUGGCUACGACGGGAGGACCUUCAUCAGCUUCGACAAGGAGGCCCUCACCUGGGUGGCUCCCGUCCCCCAGGCCAAGAUCACCCAGAGGAGUUGGGAUGCUAAUGUGCAGUGGUCCCAGAGGAAUAAGGAGUACCUGGAGGAGGAGUGCAUUAAGUGGCUGGAAAACUACCUGUCCUACGGGCAGGAGACGCUGCUGAGGACAGAGACCCCAGUGGUGACAAUGAGCAGCAGGAUGGAGUCUGAGGAUGGGAUGGAGACGCACGUCUGCAAAAUCCAUGGCUUCUACCCCAGGGAGAUCGAUGCCUCCUGGACGAGGGAUGGGGAAGUCUGGCUGGAAGAGACCUUCCGUGGGUCUGUGGCCCCCAACGCGGAUGGGACCUACCACUACUGGCUCAGCAUCCGGAUCGACCCCAAAGAGAGGGGCCGCUAUCGGUGCCACGUGGAGCACGACGGCCUGCAGGAGCCUCUGGAUGUGGCUCUAAAGGAACCAAUCAAUUCAAAAUCCAACCUGGGGCUCAUCAUCGGCUGCGUUGUGGCUGCCCUUGUCCUGGCG